GUUAAGGUCGUUGUAAUAGUUGUUUGUGAGGCCCGGCCCGAUAGAAUUGCAGGCUGGGAAUUGGACACGUACUAGUAAUUGGGGCUUUAAAUAAUAGGAAGGAGAAUGCAAUCAUUUCUUCUUUCCACCUAAUCCUCAACUGUAAGAUUCGGCUAUGGCUGCUCCUCCGGUGAAAUUGUACGGACCUCCGAUGUCCACCGCCGUCGCCAGAGUUCUGGCGUGUCUUCACGAGAAGGAGGUUCAGUUUCAACUCGUGCCUCUUGACAUGAGCAAAGGCGAGCACAAGAUGCCUGACUACCUCAAACUUCAGCCUUUCGGACAAGUGCCAGCAUUUGAAGACGGGAGCAUCACUCUGUUCGAAUCCAGGGCAAUAUCAAGAUAUGUAUGUGAGAAAUAUGCAUCUCAAGGGAACAAGUCUCUAUUCGGGACAAAUCCUCUGGAGAAAGCUUCCAUUGAUCAAUGGCUGGAGGCCGAAGGGCAUAACUUCCACCCGCCGAGCGCCUUCCUCAUCCUCCGGCUACUGUAUGCGCCAAUGCUGAAGCUGAGUCAGGAUGAGAAUGCGAUGAAGGAGAAUCAAGAGAAGCUGGAGAAAGUGCUCGAUGUGUACGAGAAGAGGCUCGGGGAGUGUCGAUUCUUGGCGGGGGAUGAAUUCACAUUGGCUGAUCUUUCUCACCUGCCCAACAUACACUACUUGGUGAACAAUGCCAAGAAAGAGGAGCUUUUUUCAUCGAGGAAGAAUGUGUGGCGGUGGUGGGGGGAGAUCUCUGGCCGGGAGUCGUGGAAGAAAGUGCUCGAAAAGAUCGACGAAGGUCUUGCUCUUAGGCGUUGAUCUGUUGAUGUUGGAAAUGAUAUGUAAUGUGUGGUUUUGUUGGUGUGCUUGUUAAAUCUUGGACUUGUUUGCUUCUUUCUUGUGAUUCAAUCGAGUGGUUGAAUUUUAUGUGUGUAAUAAAGCACUAAUGCCAACAAAUACUUGAGCUCGUUCAGCUCGCAUAA